CUUUUAUUAAUAAGCUCGGUGAAGCGGAUGUGUUUGACGCACUUCCUGCUGAACCCAGCGAGAGGAAGAGAUACACUCAUGGCGGGGGAAGUGUACCUGCUUUGGUUACUGCCGUUAUUACAAACGCUGGCGUCUUAUGGAGCGGAGCUCUCCUCUGAGGCGUGCAGGGAGCUGGGAUUCUCCAGCAAUCUCCUGUGUAGCUCCUGUGACCUCCUGGGGCAGUUCAGCCUGAACCAGUUAGACCUUCCAUGCAGACAGUGCUGCCAAGAGGAGGCUCAGCUGGAGUCUAGGAAGCUCUACCCAGGAGCCAUCCUUGAGGUCUGUGGAUGAAAAUUGGGGAGGUUCCCUCAAGUCCAAGCUUUUGUCAGGAGUGACAAGCCAAAGAUGUUCAGGGGUCUUCAAAUCAAGUAUGUGAGAGGCUCAGACCCUGUACUAAAGCUGCUGGACGAUAAUGGGAACAUUGCUGAAGAGCUCAGCAUCCUCAAAUGGAACACAGACAGCGUUGAAGAAUUUCUUAGUGAGAAGUUAGAGCGAAUUUAAAGUCACCAUUUCAUAUUUAAAAGUCAGAUUUUCACAUUUUGCUUUUUUUGUUAUAAAUCUCAAACUGAAUCAAAGGACCACUAUUCAUAUUUGUGCUCAAUAAUGGAAGUUAAAAACAUAAAUUUAGGUUGUUUUUUUUUUUUUUUUAAAGUAAAAGCGGCAGCGUCUGGUUUGAGUUUAAGUGAUCAGAGCAUACUGUACUUAUUUUGAGAUGAUGUUUCUGCUACAUUUUGUCUUUGAAUUGUUGAUGUGCUGAGGGCUUUUAUACAUCUUGUGUCUGAGUGAAAAGAUUGAAGCGCUUUGAAUGUGCUGGUUUGGUAAAGCUUGUCUGACUCCUCUUAGCUCAUGCUUUUGUAGAUUUGCACAUUAGUGAAGGCUUGACAGUAAACCAGUCCCUGGAAUGUGAGGCCUGAAGACCCUGUGUAACUCUCUCAGCAUGCUGUUAAGGUGGAAAUCUACAAGAUCUACCCCAGUAUGAGAACGUGGAAUCUGUUCAUUAAAUGUUUGUUGAAAAAAUGGAAUUUAAACUCAAUUUCAUUAGUGCACACACAAAUAAACCUGUUUUUCAUAUUAA